CAUUCUCCACUGGAGGGCGAGUGGUACAAGAACACCGGGACACUCCGGCGGGAGGGAGGCAGAGUAGACAGUCGGAGGGAGACGGGAUAGAGCAGCAGCAGCAGCAGCAGCUGGAAGACACGCAGACAGGCGGAGACAGAGACAGAAAAUCCCUACCCGGACCCUGCACAGCAUCAUUUUCUCUCCGCCGUCGGAUUAAACCCCCUCUCCAUCUCCAACCGCGAAACCACGCUGAGAUAUGAACUCCCGCUGAAAUUAUUGAUGCUGAACUGAGUGGUCCACUGCUAUCUUCCAGUGUUUCCCCUCCCCUCAGUUUUCUGUCUCCCUGUCUGUCACCUGAUUUGUGAGCAGCCAUGACAAAGUCCUACGAAUUCAACUGGGAGAAGCACCUGCCUGAGUUCAUGCAGGAAGGCGCCUCUUUCGACAGGUUUGAUGAGGACCCAUACAUCUUUGAGCCCAACUGCCACAUGAAAGUGGACGAGUACGGUUUUUUCAUCACCUGGAAGAGUGAGGGAAAGGAAGGUCAGGUUCUGGAGUGUUCUCUCAUCAACAGUAUUCGCGUUGGUGCCGUCCCAAAGGACCCUAAGAUCCUGUCAUCAUUUGAGGCCACUGGAAAGACAGAAACAGACUUGGAGGGUUGCAUCAUCUGCAUCUGCAGUGGCACAGACCUGGUCAAUCUCAACUUCAUGUUCAUGGUGGCAGAGAACCCAGAGACAGCCAGGAAGUGGAUCGAGGGUUUGAGGUCAGUGAUUCACAACGUUAAGGCCAACAACGUCUGUCCAAUGACAUGCCUCAAGAAACAUUGGAUGAGAAUGUGUUUCCUUACCAACGUGAAUGGGAAGAUUCCUGUAAGAGGCAUCACUCGGACAUUUGCAUCAGGCAAAACGGAGAAGGGGAUCUUUCAGGCUCUGAAGGAUCUGGGCCUUCCUAGUGGAAAGAACGAUGAGAUUGAACCAGCAGAUUUUACCUUUGACAUUUUUUACGCGCUCACACAGAAGAUCUGCCCUCGCACAGAUAUAGAGGAGCUCUUCAAGAAAAUCAAUGGGAACAAAACUGAUUAUUUAACUGUAGACCAGUUAGUCAGCUUUCUGAAUGAAAACCAGCGCGACCCAAGGUUAAAUGAGAUUCUGUUUCCAUUCUACGACCCCAAGAGAGCCAUGCAGAUCAUCGAGAAAUACGAGAGAGACGAAGAUCUGAAGAAGAAAGGUCACAUGUCCAGUGAUGGGUUCUGCCGGUACCUAAUGUCAGAUGAAAAUGCUCCAGUGUUCCUGGACCGGCUGGAACUGUACCAAGAUAUGGACCAGCCGCUGGCCCAUUACUUCAUCAGCUCCUCCCACAACACGUACUUGACAGGCCGACAGUUUGGAGGGAAGUCCUCAGUAGAGAUGUACCGGCAGGUCCUGCUGGCUGGAUGCAGAUGUGUGGAGCUGGACUGCUGGGAUGGGAAAGGAGAGGACCAGGAACCCAUCAUUACUCAUGGCAAGGCCAUGUGCACAGAUAUCCUGUUCAAGGAUGUUAUCCAAGCCAUUAAGGAGACAGCAUUUGUCACAUCAGACUUUCCUGUUAUUUUGUCAUUUGAAAAUCACUGCAGUAAACCUCAGCAGUACAAAAUGGCCAAGUACUGCGAGGAGAUCUUCGGUGACCUGCUCCUCAAACAGCCUCUGGAGAACUAUCCGAUUGAACCUGGGCGUCCUUUACCCUCUCCAAGUGAGCUCAAACGGAAAAUCCUCAUCAAAAACAAACGCUUGAAACCUGAAGUCGAACAGAAGCAGCUCGAGGCCUUCAAGAAACACAUGGAGGCAGGAGAGACAAACACCCCUGCUAUCAUUAUGGGAGAGGAGAAUGAAGACGACACAGAGAACGGAGAAAAAGAGGCAGAGGAUAAGGAUUUGAAUUCAGAGGCCCCCAGCAGUGUUUCUGAAGCAACCAGCGAGAAAGAAUCCAACAGUGUUUCUCAGAGUAAUGCUGUCAGCUCAAGGAAAGAUGACGAGCAAAGCAACAGUAUUAAGAAGGUACCUGAAGAUGAGGUGACAGAGAUAUCUGAAGCAACCGACGCCACAGACAUCUCUGAAGCAUCUGACCAAGACAACAACAAGAAGACUGUAGAUGUGGCAGAAGACUUAGAAGAGGCUCUGAUAGCUCAGUACACCUAUGUGGGAGCCACCACUAACAUCCACCCGUAUCUGUCAGCCAUGGUCAACUAUGCACAGCCGGUCAAGUUCCAGAGUUUUGAUGUAGCUGAAGAAAGGAAUAUCCACCAUAACAUGUCAUCUUUUAACGAGUCAGUUGGCCUGGGCUAUCUGAAGACUAAUGCCAUUGAGUUUGUAAACUACAACAAGCGUCAGAUGAGCCGUAUCUACCCCAAAGGGGGCCGGGUGGACUCCAGUAAUUACAUGCCUCAGAUCUUCUGGAACGCAGGCUGCCAGAUGGUCUCACUCAACUUCCAGACCCCAGAUCUGGCCAUGCAGCUGAACCAAGGAAAGUUUGAGUACAAUGGCUCCUGCGGGUACCUGCUGAAGCCCGACUUCAUGCGGCGGUCAGACAGGAUGUUUGACCCAUUCUCAGAGACACCGGUGGAUGGUGUCAUCGCCGCAACCUGCAGCGUACAGGUGUUCUCAGGACAGUUUCUCUCUGACAAGAAAAUCGGGACCUACGUUGAAGUCGACAUGUAUGGACUGCCAACGGACACCAUCCGGAAAGAGUUUCGCACUCGCAUGGUGAUGAACAAUGGACUGAACCCUGCCUACAACGAGGAGCCAUUCGUCUUCAGAAAGGUGAUCUUACCAGACCUGGCCGUGCUGCGCAUCGCAGUCUACGACGACAACAAUAAGCUGAUUGGGCAGCGCAUCCUGCCUCUUGACGGCCUGCAGGCUGGCUACCGCCACAUCUCUCUGAGAAACGAAGGCAACAAGCCGCUGUCGUUGCCCACCAUCUUCUGCCAAAUCAUCCUCAAGACCUACGUGCCCGACGGCUUCGGAGCUAUUGUGGAUGCUCUGUCAGACCCAAAGAAGUUUUUGACUAUAGCAGAGAAGAGAGCCGACCAGAUGAAAGCACUGGGAAUUGACACGAACGACAUAGCAGAUGUUCCCAGCGGAAGCUCAAAAAACGACAAGAAAGGGAAGGGUAAAGGUGACACCGUGAAAACCAGUGUGACACCGCAAGCCAGCUCAGACAUGGCCCAGACUUCCAACGCUGCCCAAAAUAACACGACCGAAGCCAAGAAGGAUAACGCACUCGUGCCUACUGUCAGCAUUGAUGACUUAAAGCAAAUGAAGUCGUACCUUAAAUUGAUUAAAAAGCAGCAGAAGGAGCUCAACACUCUAAAGAAGAAACACUCAAAGGAUCAAAAUGCAAUGCAGAAAACUCACUGCACUCAGGUGGACAAGAUAGUGUCUCUGCAUGAUAAGGAUAAGGUAACUCUGGAGAAGCUACUAGAGAAAGCCAUCAAGAAACGAGGUGAAAACAACUGCCAAGAGCUGAAGAAGGAGACAGAAGAUAAGAUUCAAACGCUAGUUGCUGAUCAUAAAACCAAGGUAAAGGACAUCACAGCACAGCACACCAAAGAGUGGUCAGAGCUAAUCAGUAGUCACAGCAGUGAGGAGCAGGAGAUGAAGGACAGCCACGUCACCCAGCAGUGUGAACACCUCAAGAAGCUCUUGGCCACUGUCCAGGAGCAGCAGACCCUGCAGCUCAAACUCAUUCAUGAAAGGCAGAGCAAAGAGAUGCGUGCCAACCAGGCUAAGAUGUCCAUGGAAAACAGUAAAGCCAUCAGCCAGGACAAGACUAUUAAAAAUAAGGCAGAGCGAGAGAGGAGAGUGCGGGAGCUAAACAGCAGCAACACCAAGAAGUUCCUGGAUGAGAGGAAGAGGCUGGCUAUGAAGCAUCAGAAGGAGAUGGAGCAGCUAGAGAAAAACCAGAGAGAGCAGUUGGAGAAACUGGAGAAGUUCAAUGAGCAGCUUUUGAAAUCACACCAUGCAAACAAACAGGUUCAAGACAAAGGACAUGCAGCAGAUGGUGAAGUUGGAGGAGGAGAUGGACCGCAGACCUGCCACGGUGGUGUGAGCGGCUGAGACUGGGAAGAGACAGUCACACUUGUACACUCAAACACACAAGAAGGUGCAGAAAACACUCCACAGAAAGCCCUCUACAGUCCAGAGAUGAAAACCUUCCUACAUCACUUUCUGUGUUUUAUUUAUGUUCGCUCAGACACACAGCAGCCCCGGCCCUACACCUCUUCUUUUGCUCUAUUCACUCAGCCAUGCAUCGUGUGCUCUCCAACCACUAUCUUUAUACCACUGAGCCAUUGGUGCUUAUCACCGUUUGUCAGGGGGGAUUAACCACUUAUCGAGACAGGAAACGUUACCUCGGAGAACACACAGGAAACUACGUCGUCUCCUCUAGUGUAUCUAAAUUCUCUGUUGCCAUCACAUUGUAUGUUCUCUUCAGCUAUUAGCAGUACUUAGUACAAGCACACAUACACCCCAUUCCUCUCACACACACACACGCCGGCUCAUGACAGGUCACAUAAACAGGCUCUGUUCCCAAUUUGACCAUUUUUGAGAAGAAAAAAAAAAAAGCAGUAUCCAAUGAACCGCUCCAGAAACAGAGGGAUGAAGAGUAUGUAUAGGAUUUAAUGUCAUUUCAGCACAAAUGAAUCAACUGUAUAAGAAAUACACUGAAUGCUACACACCAGUCGUGUCCUGGGCACUUUGUAUCUGAUAGGCUGUUAAAAAAAGUUAAAAAAAGAAAAAAAAGAAAAAGAGACGAAAAACUAACAAAAACACGGAACAUGUAGCGGUGCACUACUGUAGGUUUUCUGUUUUCAGUAAGAAUGUAUUUUUAAAAAAAUAAAA